AUGGAUCUAUCCGCAGUCUCGACACUGCAUACUGGGUUGGCCACCCUCAAUCACCGCACGACCAUCCCCGUCCCAUGCCACCGGCAUCCGUCAGCACCAGUCAAUACCACCACCACAGGCACUCCCGCAAACCGCCAGACCGCGCCACAAAUCUACCCGCGUCAGAAUCCCCAUUAAUUCCAGAUCGCCGCGGGGACGCGCAAACGAAACACACGCGCCCCUCUCUCCCGCGGCGCCCGUUUCACCGUAGAGAGAAUCCCUCCUCCUCCUCCCUCGCCGCCGCGGCAUUCCCCCGAGCACCCUCCGCGCGUUGCGCGAGCGCGGCAGCCAUGGGCUCGCUCCCGGUGCUCUCCCUGCCGGAAUGCGCGGCGCCUCCGCAGGAGGGGGCGCGGGCGACGGUAGCGGCGCCGGACCUGGCGGCGCUCUUCCGCGCGCAGCGGCGCCACCUCGACCACUUCUUCGACCGGCUCGACAUGCCGCAGGCGGCGGCGUUCGCGCAGGCGCUGCUGGACGCGCCCGGGGCCGUCUUCUUCACGGGCGUCGGCAAGUCCGGCAUCGUGGCGCGCAAGCUGGCGCAGACGCUCGCCUCCCUCGGCUUCGCGCGCGCCGGGUUCCUCUCCCCCGUCGACGCGCUCCACGGCGACAUCGGCUCCCUCUUCCCCGGGGACGUCCUCGUGCUGCUCUCCAAGUCCGGGGCAUCCGACGAGCUGCUCGCGCUCGUGCCAUGCGCGCGCGCCAAGGGCGCGCGCCUCAUCUCCCUCACCUCCGCGGCAUCCGGCGCAGACUGCCCGCUCGCCGCCGCAUGCGACCUCAACGUGCACCUCCCGCUGCAGGGGGAGGUCUGCCCCUUCGGCCUCGCGCCCGUCACCUCCACCGCCAUACAGAUGGUCUUCGGCGACACCGUCGUCGCCGCCAUCAUGGAGGCGCGCCGCCUCACCAGGGACCAGUACGCGGCCAACCACCCCGCCGGGAAAAUCGGAAAGACCCUCAUCUUCAAGGUUAAGGAUGUCAUGAAGAAACAAAAUGAUCUUCCAUUGUGCAAGGAGGGAGAUAUGAUAAUGGAUCAACUUACUGAGCUCACUAGUAAAGGUUGUGGCUGUCUUCUUGUGGUUGAUGAUGAGUAUCAUUUGAUUGGAACUUUCACCGACGGAGACCUCCGGCGUACACUCAAGGCAAGCGGGCCAGCUAUUUUCAGUCUAACAGUUGGAGAGAUGUGCAACAGGAACCCAAGGACAAUCACCGCGGGUGCAAUGGCGGUUGAAGCCAUGGAGAAGAUGGAGUCGCCCCCUUCACCUGUGCAGUUCCUGCCUGUCGUCGAUGACAAGAACGUUGUGUCUGGGAUCAUUACACUGCAUGGUUUGGUCUCUGCUGGAUUGUAACUGGUUCUUUGUGUGUAGCCUGCCCCGGUUCUUCGUGUUUCUUUGUGUGUAGCCUGCCCCGGUUUUUCGUGGUUCUUUGUGCCUGCUUGGUCCUCCCAAGACAUCAGAUAAAUUCUUGUGAAUCUGAUCGGCAUCAUCUUAUCGCUGUUGUAGCAUCUGUAGUCUAGAUAUGUGGAGAUUAUAUGUUCGAAGGCACACUACCAGUAUCAUCCCAUAGCCCCUCUAUAGUGUUUUUGUUAAGAGGAAUAUGUGGGACCUUGUUCAAGCAGGGUUGAGGUUAAAUAAAUCUUAAGUUGCCAAUAUUA